CGCCAGAAGCGUCGGAUGCACUUCCGGCGUGCGUUCGCCUCCUCUUGCGCUCUCCUGUUAAUGGCGGGCGGCGGCUGCUGAGCGGUUUGUAGAUAACCGCUGCCCGCACCGGGAAGGUCUGCCCUGCCUCCCACUUUCUGUUCGCCGCCAGUGCCGGAGCUCGCCAGCAUGUCUGUGGUACCGCCCAAUCGCUCGCAGACCGGGUGGCCCCGGGGAGUCAAUCAGUUUGGCAACAAGUACAUCCAGCAGACCAAGCCCCUCACCCUGGAGCGCACCAUCAACCUGUACCCUCUUACCAAUUAUACUUUUGGUACAAAAGAGCCACUCUAUGAGAAGGACAGCUCUGUUGCAGCCAGAUUUCAGCGCAUGAGGGAGGAAUUUGAUAAAAUUGGAAUGAGGAGGACUGUAGAAGGGGUUCUGAUUGUACAUGAGCACCGGCUACCCCAUGUGCUACUGCUACAGCUGGGAACAACUUUCUUCAAAUUACCUGGUGGUGAACUUAACCCAGGAGAAGAUGAAGUUGAAGGACUAAAACGCUUAAUGACAGAGAUACUGGGUCGUCAAGAUGGAGUUCUGCAAGACUGGGUCAUUGAUGACUGCAUUGGUAACUGGUGGAGACCAAAUUUUGAACCUCCUCAGUAUCCAUAUAUUCCUGCACAUAUUACAAAGCCUAAGGAACAUAAGAAGUUAUUUCUGGUUCAGCUUCAAGAAAAAGUUCCUAAAAAUUACAAGUUGGUAGCCGCACCAUUGUUUGAAUUGUAUGACAAUGCACCAGGAUAUGGACCCAUCAUUUCUAGUCUCCCUCAGCUGUUGAGCAGGUUCAAUUUUAUAUACAACUGAAUUCCUACACAAUGGAGAAGUCAAAGAAGCCGUCUCUGUGAGCACAGCUGUACACAGUGUAGAAGAAUAAAUGUGGUAGAAAAGUCUUUUGAUUUUAUCUCUUUUCUGAUCUCUAAAUUGCUGCCUACUUUCUAUUGUUUGAAUAGUAAAGUUAACAUGAACAACUAACUAGAUAGUGGUGUAAGCAAAUGUGAUAAUGUUUAUUUACUUUUGGUUCAACUCAUACUUUUUUGUACAACAUUAAAGAAAAUGGACUUAUUUCGAUUUGUAUUUUUUUUUUAAUUUCUCAUUAAACUUCUAAAAUUCUUACAGGUGAGGAUUGUUUUUUUUUUUAUUCCCUUAGGCUGGUGGAUGUUAAGACACAAUAUUCUUUGCAGGUUUAGGUCAGUCAGGUUUAUGAGAUCCUUGCUCCAAUACCAUUCUUGGGCAUAUAGUUGAAGACUGUGUUACCUUUUUGUGGUGAGGAUCUUCCAUUACUUUUGGGAACUACAUUUGUCUGAUUGAGCCCAAGUUGCAACUCCUAUACCAAAUUUUACACUCUAAUGAGUUGUAUUAAUAUUACGGAGAACUCUCAGUAUAGUAACUGACUGCUAUGUUUUAUAACAUCUAGGCCUCGGUUCACAAGUAACAGAUCUUAAACAUAAGAGAACCCAUUAAAAUUGGCUAGGUCAGCAAAGCCAUAAGAAUUGGUAUAAAAAGAGACUCGUUUAGAGCUCAUUUAGAGUUUUUUUCUUCACAUAAUAGGGGUAUUAAUUAUUUGUGCUGUUGCGAAAUUAUGUCUUAGUUAUUCUUAGAGCCAUGGUAGGACUAGUGAUCUGUGAAGGAAAUUUCUAAAAGUGGGCGUAUUAGGUUUUGAACUUUGAAAUUACAAAAUUAUUUCAACUGACUUGAGGUUAUAUGUAUAGAGGUGAAUGAAAAUUUGGUUUUAGCACAUGAUAAUGCCUUUCAAAAUAUUUUGGAAUAAUCUGAAUCAACUGAAAUCUAGGGACAGACUGGGUGGGGAACAGAUUUUGUCAGCCUAUUAGAAAAAUAACAAAAAACUUCUUAAAACAUUGCCAAAUUCAGAUCCAAUUUGAGGGAAUAAAUUUUAGGGCAAUGGAAUUUGCUGGUUGUGCCAUUGUUGUAAUGGUCAAAGUAUAUUAUGUAUACCUUAUUACAAACUUGUUGACUGUAGGUUUAAUAUAAAAGAAAUCUUGCAAGAUGUAGUGACUUAAUGAAAAAAAAUUGGUGUAAGUUAAGUUUCUAGUUGACAGAAAUGAACUUUUGAUUAGUUCUGACAUUUUUAUGAUACUGAUCACUGGGCUAGUCUCCUGAAUAUUGGGUGAUGUCAAAGAUACUUGAGAAAAUCAGGCCAAGUGUGGCUGAGCAGUUAUAUUAUAAACAUUCAAGUUUACAUAGUUGGGAUCAUGUUAUACCUUCACAUGGUUGUGAAACAGUGACUGUAACCAUGCCCAUGCUUAGCAGUAGGGGUGAGCACCAGUCUCCAUGACCAAAAAUGAAAUACAUAGUUCUGUCCCUCUGGUUUACAUUAUCGUAUUUCUAAUUUAGUAUAGUUUUACUGGUAAACUCUGAGCUGAGUCAGCUCAUCCCUUGGAUUGGGGAGUAAGUCUUUCAGAAAAGUAGAGAUGGCGAUGGGUUGAUCUAGCUCACCUUCCAUGAUUGCUUCUGGCAUCUGAGUGAAAAGCUACAGCGACCAGAUUUUAGAUUUUAGCUCUUCCAAUUUGGGGAGGGCUGGAGAGAGAUGGAUUUUUUCUUUUCUUUUUAUUUUGAGACAGAGUUUCA